UCUAAUAAUGCCUCCAAGCCUUUAAAUACCCUGAAUGAAAAUAAUAUAUAGCUUCGGGUGGUAAGCCGCCUACGCUCUGGUCUCAUUUUAAAGCUUAGGCAGGCAGCUUACAUUAGUCGAUGUGAUUGUACGAUGGCGUCAACAAUGAAAAUAUUGCUUUUAUUUUGUCUUGGCAUAACUUUAGCAAAGACUCACUCAAGUGAUACGCUAUACAUGUUCACAAGCGAAUUGGACUGGUUGGAAGGGCAAUUGAGAAGUUAUGUCGUAAACUACAUUAGAUGGGGAUUACCUUGCUACGUUGUCAACCGAUGGGCAUUGUUGUAUGAUCAACAUAUACCUCGUUGCUCAUCAAUUACUAGAUACCACAGUGAACAAACUAAUGGGUAUUGGAAAUGGUGCGUGUAUGACGAUGGAACUCCAAUUGAGCAUACGUUGGAUAUGAUACAGAAGUUUCCAUACAAUUGUGAAAAGGCGAGAGCUUGUCCAAAAGACACCGUGUAUGAAAAAACCCAAAGAUGUGAAGCUAGUUGUGACGAGGCACUAGGUAGCAGGUUAUUCAAAAUGACGUUUCACUGCAAAAAUAAAUGCAUUUGUGCGCGUGGAAUGUACAGAAAUAAAGAUGGAAAAUGUGUGAAGAAAGAGGAUUGCAAAUCAGCAAUACAUUCCUGCGAAAAGCCUAAAAUUUACAAAAAAUGCGCCACAAGAUGUCCGGCAACUUGUGCUACGCCAAAACCAGGAUACUGUAUAAAAGAAUGUAAUGAGAAUAUGCAUUGUGUUUGUCCACCAAAUAUGGUUCAAUAUAGCCAAAAUAAUCGAACAUGCACAAGACUAGAAGAUUGUCCAAAAUGUGAGCAUGAUUCAUUACCAUCAGACUGUGCUCCAGAUUGCCCGGACACUUGCCCAGAUAACAUAUCGUGCAAAGGAAGCGAUUGCCAAGAAGGGGUUUAUUGUGUUUGUCCACCAGGAACCGUUCGGCUCAACAGGCUAUUACCGGUAAAAUGUGUCUCUCUGGACAAAUGCCCCCCUUUAUGUGAAUCUCCAAGAGUUGCAAUUGGCUGUGGAACUGCCUGUCCCGCAACUUGUGACGAUCCUGAACCGACUUGCGAAGAGAAAUGUACACCAGCAAAUAUUUGCUCUUGCCCGGUUGGCUAUCUGCAGAGAAGCAAAACCGACAAAACUUGUGUUAGACUCGCAGAUUGUUUGGGCUGCAAAGGUGUAUCAUUUCCAGUAGAAUGCACACCUGAAUGUCCUCCAAGCUGUACCUAUGGUGGAGAAAUAAACGUCUCGUGCAAAAGAACAUGCAAAUCCAAAUACGUUUGUGGUUGUCCAAAAGGCUACGUUCAUUUGAACGUAAAUGACGACGAGUGUGUGAAGUUAGUAGAUUGUCCAGCCUGCAAGUCCCCAGCAAUGCACAUAAAGUGUACAGAUGAAUGUCCAGCUACAUGUGUUGAAAAACCGGAUGAUUGUAUAGUGAAAUGUAAAUCAAAAUACACCUGUGGAUGUUCGAUAGGAUGGAUUCAAUUAAGUCUUGAUGAUCAUGAAUGUGUCAAAGAAGGAGCUUGUCCACGCACAUGUGAAGAACCGAAAGUGUAUGAAAUUUGCCCGUCCCUCUGUCAACCUACAUGCAAGAAUCCUGACCCUAAAGGUUGUCAGUUCGGAUGUAACCGUAGAAAAUGUAUAUGUCCCAAGGGCAUGGUACAGCCAGAUGAAAUGGACCACUCUUGCAUUAAGCCGGCCGAAUGUUCGAGUAAAACAGAGGAAUGCAAAGCCCCAGCUGUACGCAUGAAGUGCAAAACUAGAUGCCCAGCGACAUGCGGAGAAAAGCCCUGGCCUUGUACCGUUGAAUGUAAAUCCGAAUAUACAUGUGGAUGCCCAAGUGGAUACAUUCAAUUAAGUUUGGACAAAAAAGAAUGCGUCAAGGAAGGAAAAUGUCCGAGGACCUGUGACGCACCAAAAGUGUACCAAGUGUGUCCGUCUAUGUGUCAGCCUACUUGUGACAAUCCGGAGCCUCCGGGUUGUCGUCUUGGGUGCAAUCACAUAAAAUGCAUUUGCCCAGAAGGUAUGGUUCAACCAGAUGAGAGAAAUCGCACUUGCAUUAAACCGUCUGAAUGUCCGGGUAAGCAGGAAGCUUGUGAAGCUCCAGCAAUAAGGGUUAAAUGCACUAAAGAAUGUCCUGCAACUUGCGAACAGAAACCGAGCCCUUGCUCCAUCGAUUGUAACUCGGAGUAUACCUGCGGUUGCCCUGUGGGCUACAUUCAACUUAGCCUGGACAACAAAAAAUGUGUGAAAGAGGGGCAAUGUCCAAAAGUGUGUGAAGCACCCAAAGUGUUUGAAAAGUGUCCAUCGCUGUGUCAGCCUACAUGUGAAAUCCCAGAACCACCAGAGGGAUGUCAGCGUGGAUGCAAUCCCCGAAAUUGCGUUUGUCCUGAAGGAAUGGUACAACCAGAUGCUAAAACUUUUACCUGCAUCAAAAAAUCAGAAUGCGCAAGUAGGAGUCUGAACAUCCACAGAAAGCCUAUAUGUAAGCCUCCCAAAGUAUUUGCUGAAUGUGCUUCAAAGUGUCCUCCGACAUGUGCAGAACCCGAUCCCUUUUUAUGCUCCAGAGCAUGUGAUGCAAACAUUCUUUGUGUAUGUCCUUACGGUAUGGUUCAGCACGACAAGGUCAAUAGAACAUGCAUUGCAGAGAACGAUUGCCCAGUCUGCAAAUCUCCGAAAGUCUUUGUGGAUUGCGCCUCUAAAUGUAGACCAACGUGCCAGACUCCGAAUCCCACAUUUUGUGACAAAGCGUGUGAUCCUGACGUCCAAUGUGUAUGUCCAGCUGGCAUGGUCCAUCCAACAAGCGGAGAUGACAGCUGUAUCCCGUUGUCGGAAUGUCCAGAAUCUUGCGAGUUUCCUUUGGUUGCGACUAAUUGCGCGUCAAAAUGUCCACCAACUUGCAAGGAUCCUGUUCCGUCUUGCCCAAAAGGGUGCAAAUCUGGGGUUCAAUGCGAAUGUUCUAUUGGUCUUCUACAAAUUAGCGACUCCGACAAAAAAUGCGUUUUUCCAUCCCAAUGUCCCGGACUGAAAAAUGAUUGUCCACUGAGAAAGCAGCCCACUAGAUGUGCCAGUGGAUGUCCAGCUACCUGCGAAAAUAAAACGCCAAGAUUUUGCACCAAGCCAUGCAGACCUGAUGUAAAUUGCGAGUGUCCACGUGGAAUGGUCCAAAAAAGUCUAAAAGAUGAUACCUGUGUCUGGCCGGACCAGUGCGACUCCUAGCGAACAAUAAUUUUGCUUUGCUAAUUAGCGGUCGUGAAAAUGGGAAAAAUUUUAUUGCGCGCAUGGUCGACUGAAUUCCACAUUUUAAUUGAGAUCAUUGUAUUUUAUCGCUUAUUAUCUAGUCAUGGCAGCGAAAAAUUAAUAUGACUAUAUGAGAAAACACUAA